AUGGAGCAAGCUGCGCUUGUUCUCGAGGCCGAGCGCAAGAAGAAGGCGCGGCUUCAGGCGCGGGCCAUGCUCAAGCGCGAGGGUGCGGUCAAGGCUGCUCAGAAAGCGCGGGCCGAGGCCGCGGCGCGGCGGAGGGUGGCCGUGGCCGUGGCCAAGGCCAAGGCGGAGACAGAGGCGAUGGAAGCCAAGGCGGCGGUGGCGGCGGUGGCGGCCAAGAAGGCAGCCAAGGGCGAACGAUACUGGCGGCAGCGGGCUACUCGUGAGGCCCGCGAGGAGAAGAUGGCCAAGGCCCGUGCCGCCCGGACCGCCACCCGCAAGGCCAUGGAGGCCAAGACCGGCCGCAAGGUCUCGCAGCUUGUUGCUGGCAACGAGUGGGCCCACACCAAGGAGCGCCGGUUUACUGAGACCCGCACCAUUGACGUGGCCGAGAUCGACCGCCUUGCGGAGCAAGAGGCGGCUGACCGCAAGCGAAGGGCCGCCCUCGCCAAGGAGGGCGCUCGCAAGCGCGCCGCUGCUCAGCGCGCCGCUCUCCACCAACUGAAGAAGGCCCGCAAUCCAGGGCCAGACUCGCAGCCGCAGCGCCAACCACCAUCAGGCGGUCUGCGUAAGGCCAAUUCCAAGUCCAAGCCGAAGCCCAGCCCCAGACCAAAGCCCAAGUUUCCGCCUGGCGCCGGUCUCCGCACCGAGGCAUCAGUCCCUAGCCGCAAGCGGAAGCGUGAGCAGGCCGCGCCACCAAGCAACGUCUUGAAUGGGCUCUCCAUCUCGUCGUCAGACUCGGAGCCCGACCACCCUCCUGCCCGCGCGGUCCGCACUGAGCGGUCGCGCUCGCAGUUUACCGAUCUCAUCACCUCGAUCUUCCACCGCCCCGGCAAGCAAGAGUACGCCCGCCAGCAGAUGCGCGAGAUGGGCCUCGACGCCGGCUCCGACUCGGACUCGGACAUGGAUGUUGGCUCAUUUGAUGCCAUUGAGGCCAUGGAGCGCCAGACCGCCCGCAUCGGCCGUCGCGAAGACGCCCGCGAGCUCAAGCGCAUCCGCGCCGCUGAAGCCGCCGAGCGCCGAGCUCGCGCCGCUCCCGCUAGCCCUCGCAAGCGUUGCAAACGUUGA